GUCCUGAGCCUCCUUACCGCAUUCCCAAACGCGGGUCUUCUGUAGUUGGGGACUCGCGGCUCAGUGGGCUGACUCUCUCCAUAGUGAGUGACAAGGAAUUUUUUGAGAAGCAAGUAAUACAUGGAGAAAUAGAAUCAAGUAAUACGUGGAGAAAAUGCCUUCUAAAUUCUGACACACUCCGUGAAGACACCUGCUCUUUACCAUCAGUAGCCAGCCUGGAGGGAUUUUCAGAAUGGCUGCAGCUCCUCAAGCUCCGGGAAGGGGCUCUGUUCGGAAGACAAGACCUUUAACAGUAAAGACAUCAUUGAACAACCCAUACACUGUCUGCUGGAGCACGCUAGACAGAGAAGACAUGCACUUCAUGCUACAGACCCUUGAAGACAGAUUUAAAUCUCUUGGGCUUCAGAAGAUGGAAGAUAAGAAGAAAAAGAAAAAGCAGUUUUUAAAAAAACAAAGCUCAGACAAAUGUAGCACAGAGGUUGGUAUGAGUGAGGAUCUGAAGGAGAAACACCCAGAAGAUAAUGAGCAAGGGUCAGGCUGGACUCCUCUCUGUGUCAGGAAGCAGCUGGCCAUUGGCGUUAAUGAAGUUACCAGAGCUCUGGAAAGGAAUGGGCUGCUGCUGGUACUCGUGUGUAAGUCAGCCAAGCCUGCGCUCAUCACCUCACACCUGAUUCAGUUAAGUCUGAGCAGAUCUGUUCCUGCUUGUCAGGUUCCCCGUCUCAGCGAGACACUCGCACCUGUCAUUGGCUUAAAAUGUGUCCUGGCCCUGGGGUUCAGAAAGGACACCACUGCCUUUAUUGAUGAAGUCAAAGCCAUAAUUCCCCGAGUACCCAGUCUACACGUACCAUGGCUCCAGGGCAGACCGGAAGAGUCCACGGAAAAUUUAGACACUGAAUCUUUGGAAAGCCAAGACAAAGAAAUUUUGGAGACUUCCUUUGAAGACCUCUCUAAACAUAAAAGGAAGCCUGUUGAAGGUCAGCAGGCUGUAGUGUUACAACCCCUUAAAAUAAAGAAAGUGAUUCCAAACCCCAAUAAGAUAAGGAAACCACCCAAAGGUAAAAAAACAACUUCAAAGUAAUUUUAUCUAAACUUGUCAUAUCACAGAGCUGUAAAAUGACGCUUUGUAAAGUAGCCUUGAAACUAAUAAAAUGUGUUAUUUUUACAUAUA